AUGUCCCUGCCUGCGCAAGUCGUUAGCUGGGGGUCGCUUGGCAUGUUCCGAACAAGAUGGAGGAAACAGAGGGGGGUUGGGCCCAGACGGAUCGGCCAGUCGGACUGUUAUAGGGGAACAACACGUGAGAUAAACAUAAGAAUUCGGAGGUCCGCCGCCGAUCCACCUGCAACGUGCAGCGCGAUCCGCCACAGGCGUGGGGAUCAACCUGCAACGCGCACGUUCGGUGUCGACGUGUGGCCCAGGGGUGACAAUUGUGGCACAAGGCACAGCAGGAGAAACCAAGCCUGUCCCCCGCGCCCGGUCGCUGCCAUGCCGGAGACGCUGGAGAUCAGCAAGGAGGCGGUGUCGGGCAACGGCACGCUCGAGAACGUCGGGAUCAAGCUGGAUGGCAAGUUCAAGUGCCCGCACUGCAGGCAGACCUUCUCGGACGACAAGGCCCUCCAGCUCCACCUGAAGUUCCAGUGCUCCACGGCCAUCGCCAAGCAGAUCAACCCGAUCGGUGACUAG